CUUGCGGCCCCGCGCGCCGGAUCGGCGUGCGUGCAGCUGGAGCCUCAAGCGUUUCCUCCGCCCGGCUUCAUCGCCGCCUGCGGCCCAGCGUCGCUCUCCUUCUGCGCGAGGCGGCCAAGGCCUGCUGGCCAGGAGCCGCGUCUCCACCUGCGCGAGGUAUCGUCGUUGGAGAAGAUGGAAGCGGAGAGGCGGCCGGCGCCGGGCUCGCCCUCCGAGGGCCUGUUCGCGGACGGGCACCUGAUCUUGUGGACGCUGUGCUCGGUCCUGCUGCCGGUGUUCAUCACCUUCUGGUGUAGCCUCCAGCGGUCGCGCCGGCAGCUGCACCGCAGGGACAUUUUCCGCAAGAGCAAGCACGGGUGGCGCGACACGGACCUGUUCAGCCAGCCCACCUACUGCUGCGUGUGCGCGCAGCACAUUCUGCAGGGCGCCUUCUGCGACUGCUGCGGGCUCCGCGUGGACGAGGGCUGCCUCAGGAAGGCCGACAAGCGCUUCCAGUGCAAGGAAAUUAUGCUCAAGAAUGACACCAAGGUCCUGGACGCCAUGCCCCACCACUGGAUCCGGGGCAACGUGCCCCUGUGCAGUUACUGUAUGGUUUGCAAGCAGCAGUGUGGCUGUCAACCCAAGCUUUGCGAUUACAGGUGCAUUUGGUGCCAGCAAACAGUACAUGAUGAGUGCAUGAAAAAUAGUUUAAAGAAUGAAAAAUGCGAUUUUGGAGAAUUCAAAAACCUAAUCAUUCCACCAAGUUAUUUAACCUCCAUUAAUCAGAUGCGUAAAGACAAAAAAACAGAUUAUGAAGUGCUAGCCUCUAAGCUUGGAAAGCAAUGGACCCCAUUAAUAAUCCUGGCCAACUCUCGUAGUGGAACUAAUAUGGGAGAAGGACUGUUGGGAGAAUUUAGGAUCUUGUUGAAUCCAGUCCAGGUUUUUGAUGUAACUAAAACUCCUCCUAUCAAAGCCCUACAACUCUGUACUCUUCUUCCAUAUUAUUCAGCUCGAGUACUUGUUUGUGGAGGGGAUGGGACUGUAGGGUGGGUCCUGGAUGCAGUUGAUGACAUGAAGAUUAAGGGACAAGAAAAGUACAUUCCACAAGUUGCAGUUUUGCCUCUGGGAACAGGCAACGAUCUAUCCAAUACAUUGGGUUGGGGUACAGGUUAUGCUGGAGAAAUUCCAGUUGCACAGGUUUUGCGAAAUGUAAUGGAAGCAGAUGGAAUUAAACUAGAUCGAUGGAAAGUUCAAGUAACAAAUAAAGGAUACUACAACUUAAGAAAGCCCAAGGAAUUCACAAUGAACAACUAUUUUUCUGUUGGACCUGAUGCUCUCAUGGCUCUCAAUUUUCACGCUCAUCGUGAGAAGGCACCAUCUCUGUUUUCUAGCAGAAUUCUUAAUAAGGCGGUUUACUUAUUCUAUGGAACCAAAGAUUGUUUAGUGCAAGAAUGUAAAGAUUUGAAUAAAAAAGUUGAGCUAGAACUGGAUGGUGAGCGAGUAGCACUGCCCAGCUUGGAAGGUAUUAUAGUUCUGAACAUCGGAUACUGGGGCGGUGGCUGCAGACUAUGGGAAGGGAUGGGGGACGAGACUUACCCUCUAGCCAGGCAUGACGAUGGUCUACUGGAAGUCGUUGGAGUAUAUGGGUCUUUCCACUGUGCUCAGAUUCAAGUAAAACUGGCUAAUCCUUUUCGAAUAGGACAGGCACAUACAGUGAGGCUGAUUUUGAAGUGCUCCAUGAUGCCGAUGCAGGUGGAUGGGGAGCCUUGGGCCCAAGGGCCCUGCACUGUCACCAUAACUCACAAGACACAUGCAAUGAUGUUAUAUUUCUCUGGAGAACAAACAGAUGAUGACAUCUCCAGUACUUCGGAUCAAGAAGAUAUAAAGGAGACUGAAUAGAUGGAUGAGGGAGUGGAAACUUUGCAUAGAAUCCUCACGCAAGUAGAUACAUGUUCAUCCAAAAGUAUUAAUAGAAAUUCUCUAUCAGCUAUUCAGUCUUAAUUUCACUAGUAGUAUAAUGGGUAUACAUUUUUGUAAAUAGCAUCCCCAAACCAGCCAGCCUUCAGUUAUUUACAAAUGUUUGUUCUUUUUUCAGCAAAAUACUUCAAAUGAAUAGUAUUAACUUACGAAAAGUCACAAAAACUUACAUGAGAGUGAAAAUUUGUUAUGACUGUUUUGAGAGUGGGACUCACUCUGAAGUAUGUGCUGUCUCAUUUCUUAUUUUUGAACCAUGCAUAUGACGGACACACAAUGGAUGGACACAUUAUAUCUCCAACAAGGUGUGGGUGGAAAGAUCAAAUUAACCUGCUUUUUUGAAAGGAAAUGAUUACUGUCAAACCAACAUGGUUAAUUGUGGGCAUCCUCCUGCAGCAUGCCUCUGAAGAUUUUCUACAACCCAAACCAAGUGUAUGUAUUGAUUUCCAGAAACCCCCAAAAGGAGAAUAGUAAAAAAAGAUCAUACUUAAAA